UCGGAAAGUCCGCCAUUACCGCUACUCGCGUCGUCAAGAAUGAAGCAACUUUCUCAGCAGGACUCGCUAACAGUGAACGCCGUGCUGACCGCCCUCACCGCCCUGACGUCCGUUAUUUUGAUACUCGCUUUGGGAGCACUCAUUUGGCUGAAGCUGAAGCAACUGGCCGACAUACAGAGUCUUCAACCUGGUAUGUUAUUGGCAAACAUUAAGCUUUUUUCGAUAUUUGUUUUGCAUAGUUGCUGAAAUGUAAAUUAAUGCACCACAAUCAAAUUUAUCUAAAACCUUUUUCACAAGUGUUUUCAAUUGAUGAGCUGUAGAUUUGUUUGGGUGAUAAUAUUUUUUAAUUUUUACCAUGGCUUGGAGUUGCAAACUUUGUGCUGCUGUCUUUGAUAAAAGGGCACAGUUGCUUGAACACUUUCGUUUGCAUCAUAGCAAUUUUUCCUCAGUUAGUCCUUUGCCUUGCCUGUAUGAUGACUGUAUUUGCACAUUUCAGUCAGUAAAUGCAUUAAAGAUUCACUUAACACGGUUGCAUAGUCAGACAGUUGAGCCAGGUAAAAAUCAGGUGGGAUGUGUGUCUUUUAUCUGCUCUGUGUGUGAGUUCAGGCAACUGUUUGAUGACAAAAGCCUCCUCAGUCAUUUAAGGACACAUUUAAAACAACAUGAAAUGAUAGAUUGCCCUUUCAAUGGUUGUCACUACCGUACUAAUGUGUACACCUCAUUCAAUGCCCACAAAAGUAGGAAUCAUCCAGACUGUGAUGUCUCAGAUUUUAAGGACGAGGUUGUCUUGACAGAAACUACCAGUGGACUGAUGCUGAAUCAAGAUGAAUGUGAUGGGGGUGGUCCCUCUCAAAAUUCUUCUGAGCUGGAUGCUCUAGAUUGUAACCCUCUAGAGUCUAUGGAUGGCAGUGGUGAAUUACAAACUCAGUUGAGGACCAAUUUGGCCUCUUUGUUCUUGAAAAUGCACAGCGUUCUUCAUGUAUCAGAGUUGGCUAUACAGGAGAUAGUUGAAAGUUUGGCACAAAUAUUCAUGUUGUCCAAACCUCUUGUGAGAGAAUCUGUCAUCAGGGUUUUACAGGACCAUGAUCAGUCUAUCAGUGAUGGCUUUCUUCAUGAAUUAGUCGAAGCAAUUAUGAACAGCAAUGUUUUUGUCAGUGCCACUUCAGAAGGUGCAGAACUGUCCACUGCUAAGCAGAGGAAGACAUUUGUGAGGAGCAAUUACCCUUUGGUAAUGCCAGUGCAAAAUAAUGUAGAUUCCAGUGGACACACAGCAGUGUAUGUUCCAAUACUACAGAUGAUCCAAACAAUGUUUAAAAGUACAAAUCUUCUUGACAAGAUGUCAGAAGCCAAACCAUCACCACCUGGAAUGUACAUGUCUCAUGAAGAUGGAUCAUAUUUCAAAGAAAAUCAGUUGCUGUCAGAAGCAGGAGAGUUGAAAUUGUCAUUGAUUUUGUACUUGGAUGACCUUGAAAUAGCUAAUCCUUUAGGCACAUCUAGAAAGAUCCACAAGCUUUGUGCGAUCUACUGGUUGCUUGCCAAUAUACCCAGUCAGUAUAGGUCCAGCCUUCAUGUCAUACAGCUGGCUCUGCUGUGCAAAGUACCUGAUGUGGAGAGAUGUGGUUAUCAACGUAUUCUUUCACCUUUGUUGAAGGACUUGCACACUCUUGAAGAGGAUGGCAUUUUCAUUGAAUCACUGGGUCAGUGUGUAAGGGGCACUGUUUUUUGUGUUGCAGCUGAUAAUUUAGCUUUGUGCAGUGUUUCCGAGGACACUAUGUCUGCAGACUCUGCUGUUGUACUAGGGACCAGAUGCAGGCCAGUGAAGUUUCUGAGGGAGAGUUUAGCAUGAGAACGAGGGCCUGCCAUGAUCUUCAUGUUCAAAAUGUUGUGCAAGGAGAAAAUGCAUCUCUCUUUGGUGUAAAAGGUGAGUGUGCUCUCAGCAAGGCAUUACUACAUUUUCAUCCCAUUACUGGUUUCCCACCUGAUAUACUUCAUGACCUGUUUGAGGGUAUUGUGCCAGUUGAGUUGUCCAUGUGCAUCCGUGAGAUGAUUCGAUUGAAGUAUUUCACUCUUGAAUAUCUCAACACAAAAAUUCGCACAUUUCAAUAUCAGCACUCCGACAAGCUUGAUAAACCACAACUGAUCCCAAAGAGUUUUGCAGUCAAACUAAGCAUUGGUGGGAAUGGGCAUGAAAACUCUA